AUGCAGUCUUCAUUGCAGUCCCGCGUUGAACGGGAAGAGCAGUCGCUGGAGGCAUACCGCGAGGAACACUGUAAAGGCAGUGCUCGCGUUCGGCUCGAUUGCCUCUCGUUUGAUAACGGGUUUGUCCAUUUUAUGAACGAUGGCCGUAACUCUAUCCGACUGGAGCGUAUCUUGGAAAUCCAGGGCUGCCUUCGCAUCAAUCGAGACUACCAUGUGCCGGUACUGGUCAAGGCUGCGGACUGGGGUCACCGUAUUCGAUUCAGCGAGAGCGGAAAUGGGCGCUUGCCGGAACUGGUCGUACCGUUGGAUACCGUCCUUCGUGCAAUGAACCAUGAGAGCCUCAUCUCGGCAGCGCGGAAGUGGCUCAGCCCGCAGAACCGCUGGUGGGUGGUGGAUGUGUAUGUAGAGGAUCAAGGUAGGUGCCACCACGAUGUUCGAUAUUCGGCGGGUACGCCCGGGGCUCCGAAACCCCCUCUAUGUCGCUGGCUGACGAUGGCCAGGACCGGGAAACGAGGAGACCCAUGUGGAUCAUCCCGGACAACGCCAACUCGGCGCCCGUCUGGUCCGGUCUCUGCAAGAACAGUUUCGGAACGAACGGCAGCCGCCCGAUGGGCUAAUUUAUCAGAAGCUUCGCCUGUACGAAGGGGCACUCGACCAGCCUGCCGAUCGUGA